ACACACACACACAACCAGCAUAGGAUUUUAACACCUCCUACUUGACUCCAUGCGAGCAGGCAGAGCUGUUACCUAGUUACAAGCAAGAGACUGUUAUAAUGCUCCGCCGGUGACUUCCAGUGCAUCAGUCAGUCCGGGAACAGGCGAAGGGGGGAAAAAACUCACCAGGGACCGGAGCGGACUGUUCACAGACGGAGGAUGAAAUUAAAACACAUCCCCACACUGGAAUAGACCAAGUGCAGCUACUCUUCUCGCGUUGUUCCUUCAUUAAAUCCUUAAUUCACCGGACCAGACUGGAACUGGGAGUGAUCGCGGUUUGAAAAAGUCUCAGCGAAAAACGAACAGAUGGGUGGGAGCUGAGACAGCAGAAGGACAAAGUGAUAGAAAGAGGGCAUCCAUGGGUGACGUCUUGGUUCCCGGGCUGGACAUGACGGAUGAGAUGUGGGAGAACGGCAGCUUCGCCAGCCCGUCUCCUGGUGUUCCCCUAUUUCUGCUCAUGUUCAACGACAGCAUUCUGAACGAGACACUGAUCAACUCCACCAACUCCUCAGUCCCAGACGUCUCUUCAGGUCCCAGCGUAGCAGGGGUCCUCAUCCCACUCAUAUACAUAAUUGUUUGCAUCAUCGGCCUGGGCGGAAACACUUUAGUCAUCCACAUUGUGCUGCACUACUCGAAGAUAGAAUCAGUGACGAAUAUCUACAUCCUGAACCUGGCCAUCGCUGACGAGCUCUUUAUGCUCGGCCUACCUUUCCUGGCGGUUCAGAACACCCUCCAGUCGUGGCCUUUUGGCUCCUUCAUGUGCCGCCUGGUCAUGACAGUUGACUCCAUCAAUCAAUUCACCAGCAUCUUCUGCCUGACCGUGAUGAGCAUCGACCGAUACCUGGCUGUGGUCCACCCCAUUCGCUCAUCUAAGUGGCGGCGCCCUCAGGUGGCCAAAGUGGUGAAUGGCACUGUGUGGGCACUGUCGUUCCUUGUUGUUCUGCCUGUAGUCAUCUUUGCUAAUAUCCAGAAGGCAGGAGGCACCUGUAACAUCGCCUGGCCACAGCCAGCUAACAUCUGGAGGGCAGCCUUCAUCAUUUACACUUCCACUGUCGGAUUCUUCUGCCCACUUCUUAUCAUCUGCCUCUGCUACCUGCUCAUUGUCUUCAAGAUCCGCAGCUCGGGUAAGAAGGUCCACGCAACCUCAACCAAGCGAAGGAAGUCGGAGAGAAAAGUUACACGCAUGGUUGUGAUUGUGGUGGCUGUGUUUGUCUUCUGCUGGCUGCCUUUCUAUGCCCUCAAUAUCAUCAACCUGCUGGUAUCUCUGCCCUCAGAGUACCACGGCCUUUACUAUUUUGUAGUUGUGCUUGGCUACGCCAACAGCUGUGCCAACCCCAUCGUCUAUGGCUUCUUGUCAGACAACUUCAAGAGGGGCUUCAGAAAAGCCCUCUGUCGCUCCACAAGGAAGGUGGAGAACCACGAGCCCAUGGAGCGCCAGCAGCAGCAGGAGGAGGGGAGGAGGGCGCUCAUGCCCAGGGAGAGCCUGAGACGGGGAAUCAGGGAUGAAGAGGACGAUGAUGAGGAAGACAUCUCAGAAAUGACUGAGAUCUACAGAAUUGCCCAAAAUGGCAACAGCAGCUUCCAGCCGCAGAGUUCUCAGCCUGUGUUCUCAGAGAAAGGAGCAGCGGCAACAGAGCUGUCCUCCCCAGACAAGAAGGACACUCGAAAGGACUCAAAAGGGAAGGACCCAGUCAAUGGGUCCACACUGACUGUCCCGCUGCUUCUCAAUGGAGCCAAAAAUGGGAACAUCAAAACCCUGCCAGAGGAAAACUUGGAACAGAGCACCUCAUUGGAGAUAAGUUAUUUAUAGUGUAAAAAAAAUCCAAAAACAUCUCCAAACUCCGCCCCUCUCUAAUUCAGUACAUUCAGAACAGCACUGCCAGGAUCCUGAUGAGAGUGUGAGAACGCAAACAUAAAACACCAAUUCUGCUUUCGUUCCACUUGCUCCCUGUCUCCUUCAAGACUGACUACAAAGUCCUGUUACUCACAUACAAAUGCAUCAAUGGACUUGUGCCU